AGGAGGCGGAGACGCCUGGCAGGCGGCGGCCAGGCGAGCGCGGCGGCCGGACCGGGGCCAUGGCGCCCGCGCAGCGCCCGCUGCUCCCGCUGCUGCUGCUGCUGCUGCCGCCGCCGCCCUGCGCGCGCGCCGACGACGGGGCCCGCGCCAACGCCGACCGCCACGCCGUCUACUGGAACCGCAGCAACCCCAGGUUCCACGCGGGCUCGGAGGACGACGGCGGCGGCUACACGGUGGAGGUCAGCAUCAACGACUACCUGGACAUCUACUGCCCGCACUACGGGGCGCCGUUGCCGCCGGCCGAGCGCAUGGAGCAUUACGUGCUCUACAUGGUGAACGGCGAGGGCCACGCGUCCUGCGACCACCGGCAGCGCGGCUUCAAGCGCUGGGAGUGCAAUCGCCCCGCGGCCCCCGGCGGGCCCCUCAAGUUCUCCGAGAAGUUCCAGCUCUUCACGCCCUUCUCACUGGGCUUCGAGUUCCGGCCGGGCCACGAGUACUACUACAUAUCUGCCACUCCACCCAACGCGGUCGACAGACCCUGCCUUCGGUUGAAGGUUUACGUGAAACCAACCAAUGAGACAAUCUACGAGCCCCCGGAGCUGAUCUUCACCAGCAAUAACUCGUGCAGCGCCCUGGGGAGCUGCCGCCUGUUCCUCAGCACCGUGCCCGUGUUGUGGGGUCUCCUGGGGUCCUAGUCGCGGCCCGGCCGGACAUCGCCCGCCUCCGAGACCAAAUAGAAAACGUCGGCGGCGCUUCUCCUCCAACCCGGGCAGAGUCCACGGCGGGGCAGGACCGGCCUCGGGGCUCCCGUGCGCGCGGCUGGAUGUGGGUCCGGCCCCAACCCACCCGGGGCCAAGCCAUCUGGUACCGGGGGUGCGCAGAGAACCCCGGAACCUCACGGCGGUGUCGAUACGGGCGCGUGUGCGCAUGUGUGUGCGCGCGCGCGUGUGUGUGUGUGUGUGCGUGCGUGGUUUUUUUUUCGUUUGUUUGUUUGUUUCCAGCGUCUUUUUCAUGGUUGGGUCCGAAAGUCGAUUUUUAAAUCUUAAUUUAUUCCUUGCUGAUGCUGGUGACUUUGGGACAGGAGCCCAGUUGGCUGGGGUGGGGGAGGUGGGGCUGGGGUCCCUGGGGGUGCGUCUAAGGGGAGAAGGGCUAAGCCCUGGCCUCUUGGCCCCCCAUCACCCCACCCCAGACGCCCGCCUCUUGCUCCUGGCAUUGGCUUUCUGAGUCAAAACUCAUAAUGUCUUAGCAGAGGCCUGUGGAAUCCUGGAUAAACCCCCACCCUGCCGUAUCACAGCACCCCACAUCUUAGAAAACCACUUAGAGCCGCCCCCCUUGUAAUCCUCACGGCCCCCUCCCCAGCUCCCCCACCUUCUUUGAAUGCUGGUGUCUCCGAGGCCCAGAGGACAUUAUUUUUCUGUAAAUACAGCCAGCGAGUAGAUACUGUGAUUUCUCCACUGUUUUCUGCAGGAACUGUCUCUGUCUGUUUCCAGCCCCCUCCACCUCUUCGUGGGGGGAGGGCUUUUAUUUUGGUGGGGGGCGGGGGGGAAAACUUUUUAGACUAGGAAUCACACAUGGCAAUAAACUCUUUUCUUCGUCUGUCGGGGCCCCCUCCCCUCUCUCCCCUGUGGUCUAAUAAUGUUUCUAAGAAAAAUGAAAAAGGGGGGGCAGGAUUCACCACCCAAAAGACACACACACAAAAAAAAAAACGGAAACGGACCUCCCCCCCAGGACACUUUAAUGAAGCGAGCGGUGCAUUUAUACCAGAUUUCAUAUUUCUAUCCCUUACCUGGUCUGUGUUUUCUAUAUAUUAUAUAAAUAUAUAUGGUGCGUGGCCGCCGGGCGACGGCUGGGGCGCACUCGGGCGCGGGGUUUUGUAGGGGGCGGCGUGGGUGGGCAGCGUGACCAAGCCUGGCGCUGGCCACGGGGCCUCCCCCCACCCCCAUCACAAUCAACUUUGGAUUCUGUAUUUUUUUAUAAUAAAAUGAGCAGCAGCCUC